GUUCUAACUGGACAUGUGUCAGUUUUAGCAGAUAAAUACAUGAUAGUAUGGGGAGGAUAUAACGAUGAUUUUGAUCCGUAUCAUCUAGCUUAUCUUCCACCGAAUGAACUGUGGAUCUAUGAUACAGAAUUUCAAGUUUGGUUUUCAAACAAAAGUAAAGAUGUUCAUCCUAUAGCUGCCUCAGGAUGUUCUGCAUGUGCUCAGGAGGAUUCCAUGUAUGUUUUUGGAGGACAUGCAAGCCAUGGUUACCUGAAUACUCUAUAUAAACUUGACCUAAAUACUUUACAGUGGGAAGGUAUAUUCCCUAUUGCCACAAGUCCCACACCAAGCCCACGGGACAAAGCCGUGUCAUGGUUCUAUGAGAAAAAGUUUUAUACAUUUGGAGGAUAUGGAAUAAUCGAUUACACCAGAGACAAUAUGUAUUUGGAAGAAAGCAGGUCGUUUUUUCAAGAUGAAACAUCAGAACAUAGAGGUUGGAACAAUCAGUUGUGCAUUUUUGACUUUAACACAAAGGAAUGGAGUCUAGCUGAGUGCAAGGGACAAAAGCCCUCUGCAAGGGCAGCCUCUUCUGCUGUAAGGUUUGGGAGUAAGGUAUUUAUAUUUGGUGGGAGACACCGGAAUCUGCGACUGAAUGACUUACACUGUCUGGAUCUGGAUACAGCCACCUGGAGUGGCAGUCUGUCUGUUAGGAGUGAAGAGCCUGAGGGGAGAUCUUGGCAUUCUGCCAAUGCACUGUCUAGUACUCACAUGUUUGUAUAUGGAGGGUUCAACACAAAUUGUAUACCUCUCAGCGAUGCUUGGAUUCUAGAUAUAAUAUCACUACAAUGGACACAUCUUUCUCAGUUUCCAACCACACAGCCCCGACUUUGGCACACUGCAUGUGUCACACAGGACAAGGAAGUCAUUGUCUUUGGAGGAUGUGGAAAUAAUAUACUAGAAGAUGGAGAAGAGAGUCAAGUGGACCACAGGAAUGAUAUUCUAUAUUUCCAGCUCUAUCCUCACACUCUUAAAAGAAUUUGCUUGGACUUUGUUUACAAACAUCGCACUAGUCUAGGAAGUGAGUGGGACACAUUACCAAGGCAGUUUUCUGAUUGGUUACGGAGGAAAGAAGACCUUGAUAUUCAAAUAUUGAUGUCUUCAGACUCGAGUUCAGAAUCGGACUCGGACAAUGAUAGCACUAACCAAUCAGGACAAACCUGUGCUGUGUCAUAGUCUACAAGCUCAGUAUCAGGAAGUAAUCUAGGUAUCAAUCCAAUAUAUAAUGUUUAUUUAUUUAUCAAAUCCAUCCCAACCUCUAGUGUCUCAAAGGUCCAUGUUUGCUCUGCUCCUGAUUUGUAAUUUUUGAAUGGACAAUCAGGCCUGAAUACUGUUCAUUAUCUCCAUAUAUUUCAUUCUGUAAUCACUUGAAAAUCAUUUACUACAGAAGGAUUGGUGGUUGUCCUUUGCUCUUAAAUAAUUUGAUUCUAGAUUUUAACAAUACACUUGUAUUUUUUAUCCAUUCUUGCUACAUAUUAAUGUUUUGUCCUCAAUAGUCAAGCCUUUGUCUUUCAUAAUCUUUGACAGAAUUUAAUUCAUGAUACAUGUAUUUAUAAAAUUCUGUUGCUAAUUAACAGAUGGUCAAUUUUCUUUAUUAUGUAGCGAUAUACAUGUACCAUAAUCCCCUGGAUAGGAGUUUAUGUCUAUCAGUUACUUUUAAAAAUAUGCAAAACAGUGCUCUAUGUACAAACAAUGUUUAAAACAAGGUAAGUUAUUGAGAACAAUCGAAUGAAACAAGACUAUCAAGAGUCAUGUCUGAAGUCCUUAUUUCGCAAAGGUUAUGGUCAACAAAAUAAUCUUUUUAGCAACUAUCAUCUAUCAAUUAGUCACAUGCUGUUUGAUUUUACUUAUUGCUAGGCCUUUGUUUACAAACUGAAUUGUGUACAAAAUUUUCCUUUUCAUUCCUGGUCAUGAAAAGCACACGGCAUGUUUGACCGAUCGGUAAGGGAUGCUCACUCCUCCAUAGCACCUGAUCCCAGUUCUUAUGGUUUUGGAGGUCUUGUUUGCAUUUCAUCCAAUAUCUAUUGAUUUAAAAUGAUUCUGAGCUUGAUUACCAAUCAUUAAUAACCUUUUUAUUUCAUUGGAAUUUCUUAACUUUAAGUCUUGAGAAAUGAGUUGUUUGAGGUCCAGUAAAAUGUAUGCCAUACCUCUAUAAUAACUGAUAUAAAAUGUUAUUGUUUGCUACAGUGCUUUAAAAAUAUGUAUUUAAAUUCGUGCUUACGUUCAAAAGAUGACUUAAUUCGAUCAACAAAAUAUGCAUGUAUAUCGAUGUUAGUGUCGUAAUUACCAGUUUGCUGUCUUUGUUAUAAGCUCCUUUGUUGUGUUUGUUGGGAAAUUCCUAUUAAAAACUUUUUAGAAAGAAAAACUUACUGUUAGACUCUAUAGAAACAUCUUUUUUCUUAUAUUUAGAGAAAUUUAUAGAGUUUGUGAAAUAAUUUUGCCUGUUGAUGUAAAUUUCUGAAUUGAUUCACAUUAAUUUCUUACAAAAAAAAUUGGUAAUAAUUUUUAUAAAAAUUUGCUCUUUUCUCUAAUUAAAUUCAGGAAGAAGGGGGAAAACCAGAGUUCAAGUACAUGUUAAUUACAAAAAAAUCAAACGUUAAGUAUUAUAGUGCAAUCAAAAAGUAAUUAUGUAUCAAUUGAAGAAGCAGAGUAUUUUAUUUUUUGGUGAAAUAUUGUUUUUGUUUGUUUUGCUGUUGUUGAAUAUUUUCCUUCCUCACCUUCGUAUUUUGGUUAUCUAUCUUGAUUUGUAAGAUAUGAAUGCCAAUAUGUAGAAUGCCUGUUAUUUUAAUUUUAAUGACAUAUCAAUAAAAAUGUCAAACAACUAAAA